AUGAAUUUCAUCUGUGCUAACCGGUCCUGCAGCACGGGUGUGCAGGAUGAUGAUAGCCAAGAUCAAAUUGGUUCCAGCGGCUCGCCGUCUCCUGGGGUCUCGACGCCUCAACCUGAUCCCUCAGACAAGCGUCAGCCGUCGAUAAUGCACACAUAUCUUUCACAGGUUGGUGGCUCCUCAGGUUACACACCCAGUACUCGCAAAGCACGCUCUUCAAUUUCCUUGACCCCAGCGUCUGUGGAGAGUAUUCAGUUGAAUGCGCAGAUUGCGCAGAUGGUGCAGCGGAAGGAGGGCGAGAUCGUUGGCGAGAAUUCCUUACCAUCAGUUCCGCCUGUCAUGGCAGAGCGUGACCAGCUCUCUGAUGCGAAGUCAUCAGCUCUGCCAGACGGUAGACAGCAGCAGCAGCCUGCAAAAGAGGAACCGCCAGAGAUUUCACGCCCUACUUCGCUGCCUACCCCCCCACUUUCAUCCUCCUGUUCAUUUCUACAGAGAGAUCAGGAAGAUGCAGAAGGUUGUGCCUCUAGUCCGGAUAAGGGGUUGAGUUCCGUUUAUUCCACUCUCAAGGGCUAUCUCUCUUCUUCAAAUGGAUCUCCUGAACCCCAGUCACGAGGACCUACAUGUCAACCUGUGUCGAGCGUCUCGGACGAUCCAGUCCUUGGAACCCGCUUUGCCAACCCGUCCCCUCCUGACCCAUCAGAGCUAGACACGGACGUACCCCUGCUCGAGCAUGAAAGGCCACACGUUUCAAAAUCUUUUGAGAAUCCUGAGAACCAUGCCAAGCUAACUGAGAACGCGGCUAAUGAGUCGCGUCUGAAGAAUACCCCCCCACUUACGCCGAGGGCAAUGUCAAAUGAGCACGGACAGUCGGAGGAGGAAAAGGCCGAGGAAUCGACUUCGGAUCCAUCACAUCCAUCCGGUCAACAGGCGGCGGACACAACAGACCCCUCGGAGGAAUUGACGGAAAAGCUCAACGAUGCGUUUCCCACUCCCGAGUCGGCUUCUCAGGAAGAAGGGCCUCCUGUCGGCUCCAUCAAAGGAAAACUUCACGUGAAGAUAGCAGAGGCGAGAGGCCUUCGACCUAGCACCGAUCCCUACGUUGUUUGCGUGUUCGAGUGGAAUGAAUACAUCUCGAAAGGUGCUCAGAGUCCGGACGAUGAAGAAGCGAAGAAGGAAGCAGAACAUGAUGCCGGGCGGCCUAUGGCGAUCCCGAUGAAGAGUCGACAGAGCAGCAACAACAGUUCGCUGGACAGCCACGACCACAGAGGCAAGACACAAGUGACGGACCCACGGUGGAAUCACGAGGCUGUCUUUGAUGUGCUCGGUGAACAGUCAGAGAUCGAUGUCUGUGUUUAUGAUCGCUAUAAUCAGGAGGCGUUUCUGGGCCAUGUUCGUCUGAGCCUUGACUUAAAGGAAGACAAGAGCCGGCUCGAAGGAUGGUUCCCUCUGGUCGUUCGUGCAGCAGGCAAUACGCAUACCAGUGGAGAAAUCCACCUGGAGAUGCGCUUCGAGAAGACGGAAAGGAAAAGUGUCGGCCCCAAUGACUUCCAGAUCCUCAAGCUCAUCGGCAAAGGUACAUUCGGUCAGGUGUAUCAAGUCAUGAAGAAGGACACCAAACGGAUUUACGCUAUGAAGGUUCUGUCGAAGAAGGUCAUCAUCCAGAAGAAGGAGGUCGCUCAUACUUUGGGUGAGCGGAACAUUCUUGUCAGGACUGCCAUGGCCGCAUCGCCCUUCAUCGUCGGGCUUAAGUUCUCUUUCCAGACGCCUACAGAUCUCUAUCUCGUCACGGACUACAUGUCCGGCGGUGAGCUCUUCUGGCACUUGCAAAAGGAGGGCCGCUUUGCUGAGCCUCGUGCAAAGUUCUACAUUGCGGAACUGAUUCUGGCAUUGCAGCACCUUCACCAGCAUGACAUCGUGUAUCGUGAUCUGAAGCCAGAGAACAUCUUACUCGAUGCUAACGGGCACAUCGCACUCUGCGAUUUUGGUCUAUCAAAGGCGAAUCUUACAAAGAACGACACCACCAACACAUUCUGCGGCACGACGGAGUAUCUUGCGCCGGAAGUAUUGCUGGACGAGCAAGGUUACACCAAGAUGGUUGAUUUCUGGUCCCUUGGUGUACUCGUUUUCGAGAUGUGUUGCGGUUGGAGCCCUUUCUACGCUGAAGACACUCAGCAGAUGUACAAGAACAUCGCCUUCGGCAAGGUCCGGUUCCCCCGCGAUGCCCUCAGCGCCGAGGGAAGGAACUUUGUCAAGGGUCUCCUCAACCGGAACCCCAAGCAUAGACUCGGUGCCAAGGAUGAUGCAAAGGAGCUCAUGGCGCAUCCAUUCUUCCACGACGUCGACUGGGAGGCUUUGAACCGGAAGGACGUCGUCCCUCCGUUCAAACCGAAGUUGAAGUCUGAUACCGAUACCUCCAACUUCGACCCAGAAUUCACCACGGCUCUUGAAAACUCCAACUCUCUGAACGACCGUGCCGCAGCACUGGCAAAUGGGUUCAUGCCAUCGGGCACGCCGUUGUCACCAGGCUUGCAAGCAAACUUCAAGGGCUUCACCUUCGUCAAUGAAAGUUCAAUUGACCACCAUCUAAAGACACCGAACGAGCGCGUGGAAGAGUAUUUCAGAGAGGAAGACUGGCACCGCGCACAUCAAGUUGGAAGCUCUGCCGAUCACCGACGCGUCUCUGACCGGCGUAUAAGCGGUGCUGUCAAGAGUGGCGAAGGCGAAGCUGGCAUCUUCAAUGUCGAUGUCUGA